AUGGACGACUUCGACUCGGACGCGAGCUCGCACGUGGCCAUGUGGUCGAACGGAGGCGACCCGGACAUGGUCCCGCACAUCCGCGCCGUGCUGCAUGGCUGGCGCGACCUCGACAACAACAACUCGUACCUGGUGUACGCGGUGCACACGAUGUCGGCCAAAUCGGAGCCGGCGUACGGCACGUGCAACACGAACGGCUACGGCUCGCUCGUCAUCCCGUGCUACCCGCUGAGCAACACGUCGGCGGAUGUCGUCGCAGUGAUGUCAGCGCCCGUCACAAGCCCGUGGCUCACGACGUGGAUCAAGCAAUACCGACCGGCUACGGACACGACCGUGCACAGCGACUCCGACAGCCCCGGCAGCGGCUUCAAUCUGUGGCUGCUGAUCCCGAUCAUCCUAUCGGCCUUGGCGGCGGCAGCGUUGAUUUUUGCUGCGGUGUUCAAGAAGCGUCGCCGACUGCGUUCGGUGUACUGGCAGCGCGAUUCCCCGGCCGACAGUGACGCCUCUGGUCGCAAGUCCAAGCCCUCGGGGCCCCUCACGGCGCCUCGACGACCUGCAAUCAACCGGACAAGUCUCCGACGCACCGAGCAGGAAACGAUCGGCGAGUUCAACCGUACUCUUCGUCUGCCGGGGGACGACGACAGCUCGUCUCCAGUGGAGGAGCCCUCACCCGACUUCGACGAAGUGCUCCCUCGACCGCGCCGAAACACUGCUCCGGUCACGAGAACUACCGCUCCACCGAUGCGUGGCUUUGCUGCUGCAGCUGCAGCGCGUGGCAGCCUUCCUGUAGUCCAAAGCAACGCACCGAUUCGGAGAGGAACUCUACCAGCGGCGCGGAGCUCCACCCCAGCGGCACCAAGUCAACAGCAUGCCGCUUGGGCGGUCACUCCAGCUAUGCGAAGUCAGCCGGGAGCUCGUAACCAACAAACAUCGAUUCGACCAAGUUCCAUGCGUGCAUCAGAAGGCCGAAGCACGGCCUCCGGAAGACGCAGUCAGUCGGCUCGGAAUAUUACGACGCAAGCAGCACGGAUUCGUUCCGCAUCCCAAGACCAUUUGCCGACGCUGCGCGAGUCCUUUUCCAUGACGCCGAUCCGAGAGUCGAUGCCGUCGAUCAGAGACUCGAUUCAAGCGGAUCGGGAGUCGAUCCCGGCCAUGCGCGAGACUUUCUGCCGCUACUCGGCGGCCGACAAUGUGCAGUACACACUGACAACGGACUCCAACUUGGUGGGGAAGCGUAUCGCGUGGGAGCGGAUUGAACUCGGGCGUCUGCUCUCCAGAGGCGCGUUCGGCGAGGUGUGGGCGUGCCGAUACGCCGGCAAGAAGGUGGCCGUCAAGCGCCUGCUGCAGUCGAAGAAGCCGACUUUCCACGAGACGGAGAAGUUCACGAACGAGAUCCAGCUCACUGCCAGUCUGAACCACCCGAACGUCGUGCGCUUCAUCGGCGUGGCCUGGAGCAGUCUGGAAAACUUGGCCUUGGUGGAGGAGUACCUCCCUCGGGGCGACCUGCAGCAGUACCUGCACCGCAAUGGAGACUUGAUGACCUGGGCGUGCGAUAAGAUCCACAUGGCCGUCGGCAUCGCGAAGGCCAUCCAGUACUUGCACAGUCGCGAAGUCAUCCACCGAGAUCUCAAGGCCCGCAACGUGCUGCUGACCAAGCGGCUGCAGCCCAAGCUCAUCGACUUUGGCGCUAGUCGCCUGAUCUCCCCAUUCGACAUGUCGGCGGGUGUCGGCACGCCGUUUUGGACUGCGCCCGAGGUGCUCGAGAGCACCGAGUACACGGAGAAGGCAGAUAUUUAUUCGUUCGGAGUGCUGCUGACGGAGCUGGACACUUGCGAGGCCCCCUUCCACAGCGUGGUGGGGGCGAAUGGGGAGAAGAUGAAGCCCUUCCUCAUCCUCAAACAAGUGGUGGACGGCCUGUUGAGACCGAGUCUCACUGACGGGUGUCCCCAGCGGAUCCGCAAGGCAGCCGACGCGUGUUUCCAGCACGACCCGAAGCUGAGACCAUCGGCUUCGGAGCUCGUGAAGCUGCUGGAAGGCUGA